UAUUUAACGCGGUUGGCAGCUCGGCGUCUCCUCCUUUUACAGUUGCAUUCUUCUUCCUCACCUCACCUCACCACCAUUGCCGGCCAUCCAAGAAGAGAGAUAGAGAUAGAGAGAGGCAACGACGCACACUGCCCCAGUCCAUAGAAGAAUGAGGCUUCAUGGAGCUCUUGCUCUGCUUCUGCUCCUGUGCAUCCAUGUAGGCCAUCAAGGAGCAGAUGCCAGGGGGGACGGGUUCGUGAGGGUCCAGGGCACCCGCUUCGUGCUCAACGGCAGCCCGUUCUUCGCCAACGGGUUCAACGCCUACUGGCUCAUGUCCUUAGGCGCCGACCCCGCCCAGAGGGGCAAGGUCACCUCGGCGCUGAGCCAGGCCGCGGGCGCCGGCCUCACCGUGGCCAGGACGUGGGCGUUUAGCGACGGCGGCAGCAAUGCCCUGCAGUACUCCCCCGGCCGCUACAACGAGAACACCUUCCAGGGGUUGGAUUUCGUUCUAUCUGAGGCUAGGAAGCAUGGGAUUAAGAUGAUACUGAGCCUUGUGAACAGCUACGAUAGCUUUGGAGGGAGGAAGCAGUAUGUGCAGUGGGCAAGAGAGCAGGGGCAAAGCAUUGGGUCUGACGAUGAGUUCUUCACUAACCCUGUUGUCAAGGGCUUCUACAAGAACCAUAUCAAGACCGUGCUGAUGCGGGUGAACACGAUCACCGGCGUGGUGUACAAGGACGACCCGACGAUCAUGGCGUGGGAGCUGAUGAACGAGCCCCGGUGCCCGUCAGACCUCUCCGGCCGGACCCUCCAGUCGUGGAUCGCGGAGAUGGCGGCGCACGUCAAGUCCAUCGACGGCGCCCACCUCCUGGAGACCGGCCUGGAGGGCUUCUACGGCGCGUCGUCGCCGUCCCGGGGUGCCGUGAACCCGUCGGGGUACCAGGUGGGCGCCGACUUCCUCGCCAACAACCGGGUGCCCGGGGUCGACUUCGCCACCGUGCACGCGUACCCGGACCAGUGGCUGCCCGGCCUGGACGCCCCCUCGCAGCUCCGGUUCCUGGGCGCCUGGCUCGACGCCCACAUCGCCGACGCGGGGCGCGUGCUGCGGAAGCCGCUGCUGGUGGCGGAGUUCGGCAAGUCCCGGAGGGACCCCGGGUACGGCGGCGGCGACGCCCAGCGGGACGCGGUGUUCGGGGCGGUGUACGCCAAGGUCUACGAGUCGGCGCGGGCCGGGGGGGCAGCGGCCGGGGCGCUGUUCUGGCAGCUCCUGGCGGAGGGGAUGGAUUCGUACGGGGACGGGUACGAGGUCGUGCUGGGCCGGGCGCCGUCGUCCACCGCCGGCGUCAUCGCGACGCAGAGCCGGAGGCUGCAGGGGCUCGCCAGGGCGUUCGCGCGCGCGCGCAAGGCCCAGCACCAGCAGGGGAAGGCGUCGGGCAAAGGUGCCAAGGGCGGCAACUGAAGGUGAUGCUAAUAAGGCCGAGAUCAGGGUGCUUUGCAGCAAGAACGCGUGUUUUUUUCGUGCGUUUGGGUUCCGUUGUGUGUGACAACAGUGUGCGUGCGCGGCGAUGUCUCGUCGAGAUGAUUUGAAGAUUCAUCCGGGAGCGGAGUUAUACAUGUCUCAGUGUCUGGCAUCCUCCUCCGUGUAUUAGAGGGCAUGCUUUUAAGUGUUCUUCUGGAUCACGAGAGGAGCGAAGUUGGUGCAAGGCUGUGGAAGAAGCGGCCUAUGCUUAAGGUUGUCACUUUCUAUGAUUUAUGUGAAGGGAUCUGUUGUCUAAAUAGUUCCUUCUGUUCUCAUCCACUUGUUGAUCACUCAAUUUCCUCA